CGUCCCGGUUACUUGUGUAUACCACACGCUUGCACAAUUGCAUAUCGCGAACUAACUUCUCCGAAGGAACAAUGAGCUUCGAACGGCUCGCCACUCUUAAUGCUUGCCGAACGGAAAUGUGAAGUGCGAAGUGCGAAGUAGCCCUUUGUGUUGGACUGUCGCGGUGUUCGUUAGCAAACAUUUAUAUUUGCUAUUAUUGCAUCGGCGCUUGGUGGACCAGGAUUAAGCGAACAUUAGGAAGCUUUUAAUUUGAUCGUAGACAUGGGUUUGGAGACAAGACAGCAAACGCUGUAAUCUGGGAAAAUCUCCGCGGGAUUUGUGUUUUCCUCUGAAAAUAACGCCUUUGAAUUAAAAAAUGGCGGUUGUAGUCGGUCGAAUAUAUCUGCGGACGGGCGCAGUGCUCGUGCUGGCGGGCAGCGCGUCUGGAAGGGUCGCGGGCAAGAUGGGCGGCUACUCGAAUAAAAUGGGAGGAAAGUCUACCAGUGGUAUAAACGAAGAAAUAAUCUGGAUUAGCAUAAGCAUGGCCAUCGCGAUUGCUGUUCUCAUUGCUAUCGCCCUGUGCUACAUCCUCAAAGAGAAAUGCACGAAACGCCAAGCCUACAAAGAACAAUCAUGACGAUACAAAGAGGAGUUUGCUAGGCAUGCUCUAACAGACUCCUAUGACGAUUUUGAAUUCCCAGCAUAUACACUCUACCCUCAAUAUUCCCCAGACGGCACAGAAUAUUAUUACAACUUCCACCGUUUCUCCUACUUAAAAAAUUCAUUCAAAUUACCGCCCAAAGAUUAUCCUUCCAACGGCCGCGAAGAUAUUUACAUCAAUGCGUGAUAAGGAUAGUUAUAAUAAUUUAAACAAUUCAUCUAUUUACCAAUAUGUGUAAUGUGUAUCCUACCUAGAUGUGUGUUUAGAUUGUAAACAACAAGGUAGACAAAUGAAUUUUAAUGAAAAGAAUUUAUGUACGGUAUCUUAAACGUUCAUUCAUAAUAAAUAAUAUUUAUAAUAUAAUAAAAGGCAAAUUUAAACAACUGUGAUAAAAGAUACGGAAAGCGGGGUCAACUCUUUCGAUUCUUGAAAAUUAUUCUAUGCCUGUCUCUUAUUUCGAUACUAACUCUAGAUAAAAUUAUAUUAAAUUAUAUUGUAUAUAGUAUAACCAAUUUAGAUUAAAUAGAGUAAGAAAAAUACUAUAAUGAUAGGCAAUUUUAUCGCACAACUGCCUUCGUUGCCAAAAUGCGAACAAAUUGUUUUGGGCAUUGCGCCUGACAGAGACAUACUAUUUAUAAAUUACUAUUUUUCUUUUAGAAUAAGUGCAUUUGUAAAUAAAUAGCAGAAUAAUUGAACUAUUAUAUUGUCUGGCUAAAAUUAUUUAACGAAAUAAUGUUGGUUAAACUAAGACUCUUAUUUGAUUUAUUAUGCAUGAAAUU